GUGCGGCUCAGAGGAAGCGGAAGUGUCAGAGCAGGCGGAAGUGGUACUGCCCUGAAGACCCUGAGCAGCGAGCGGAGGACGGCUUGAUAAACUCGCAUCUUCCAGAGACUUCGAUCGGCACUCCGAGCACGCUCCAAAUCCUAAAAGAUGGAUAAGAACGACCUGGUGCAGAAAGCCAAGCUGGCAGAGCAGGCCGAGCGCUACGAUGACAUGGCGGCUGCCAUGAAGGCCGUGACGGAGCAGGGCCUGGAGCUCAGCAACGAGGAGCGCAACCUGCUCUCCGUCGCCUACAAGAACGUUGUGGGGGCCCGUCGUUCAUCCUGGCGCGUCAUCUCCAGCAUCGAGCAGAAGACGGAGGGGAACGAGAAGAAACAGGUCAUGGCCCGUGAUUACCGCGAGAAGAUCGAGUUAGAACUCCAAGAAAUCUGCCACGACGUGCUGAAUCUGCUCGACAAAUUCCUCAUAGCCAACGCAACUCAGGCAGAGAGCAAGGUGUUCUACCUCAAAAUGAAAGGAGACUACUUCAGAUACCUGUCCGAGGUGGCCUCUGGGGACUCAAAGGAAGGGUGAGUAUCACUGAGACAAUAUACGGUAGAGAACUCUCAGCAGGCCUACCAGAACGCCUUCGACAUCAGCAAGAAGGACAUGCAGCCGACACACCCCAUCCGGCUCGGCCUGGCCCUCAACUUCUCCGUCUUCUACUAUGAAAUCCUCAACUCUCCCGAGCAGGCCUGCGCUCUGCCAAGCAGGUGGGCUUUCGACGAGGCGAUCGCCGAGCUCGACACCUUGAACGAGGACUCGUACAAAGACAGCACGCUGAUCAUGCAGCUACUAAGGGACAACCUCACUCUGUGGACAUCGGAAAACCAGGGAGACGAGGGCGAGACCGGCGAUGGAGAGAACUAGAGCGCACUUCACUGUUAACCCAUCCCCACUCUCUUCCUCUUCCUUUUAUCUCUCUUCCUCUUUCUUCUCUUCUUCCUCUCUUCGUACACAUAAACAGCCCAUUCAUUCCCUCGUCCCACUCGUUCAAGCCUAGCCUCCCGACUUCCCUUCUGUAUAACCAACAGCAUGAAUAGUACCUGACCUUCACGGAUCAAAUUAAAGAUAAAAACAAAGGAGGGGGGGUUGAAAAACGACAGAAACUACCCCGUCACCCCGAGAUCCUUCAUCCCUCCUCCCUCCAGCCUCUCCUCCCCUCACCAUGGCACUCCAAGGCCGGUCAGGUCUCAUAGCACGCAGGGAGGGUUUUUAUCCACAACCACAAAUUCAAUUAAUGUUUCUAAACUCCACGAAGCCCCGUUUUUAUCCUCCUCGUUUUUAUUUCCUUCCUCCAUUCCUUCCAUUCUUCCUCGCUCCUCUUCCCUCCUUCCUAACAUCUCGGUAUGUUCUCUCACCCUGCCUCCCUCCCUCCCUCCCCUCCCCUCUCUAGCGAGUUAAUGCAUUUAUAUAGUUGUCCAUCCCUUUUUCUUUUUGGCUAUUCUUAGUGUACUGGCUCAAUGGCUGGUUUUAUUCCACAUUACGAAAACGAAAAAAAAGGUUAUUAAACUGUCCGUUUAUUUUCAACAAACACUGUGAUGCUUAGUUUUUCCUCCACCAGAUUUAAUGGUCAAAUUGAUAUUGAGCUGGGAUUGAUCGGGGGGGUGGUGGUGUCUGAUCAGCAGUGCAGUUCUGCUGAGGUUUAUACAGAAGGGUCCUCCUAUACAAGGCUGUAUUGUGACACUGACAAACCUAAAAACAAACGUGUUUUACCUGCUGUGUAACCGAACACUCGCUGUUUUUCACUUUUAAUUUCCUGUCUCACCGGGACCGGGGUUUUAUUCCAAGCCACUCUGCAUAUUUCAAGUUUGGAGCUAAAACAAAUAAACGGAAAAGAUUCGAAAAAAAUUAUAAAAUUUAAAAACAUUCCAUUUUACUGUACGAGAAGAUUUUAGACGUUUUUCAAAACAAACGGGACCUGCCUGCUUCCUGGGAUCCGCCUCCUGUCCAGGUGCUGUUGAACGUCUGUGCCGUCCCUGAAGUUAGUUCCUUAAACACGUUUAUUUCCCCCUGCGGUUGCUUUUGUUUCUCUUUGUGUGUUUGUGUGUGUUUGACAAAUCAAACCCUUUGUUCUGUUAUUUUGAAAACUGUAAAAUUGUAAAACAUUUUUAAAGCUUAACUGUAAAUCUGUCUUUUAGAAAAACAAAACGGUUCUGUCGAUAUUGUUCGUUGACACCUGCUUGUAAAGAAACCUUGAAGCCGUUUCAGUCAGAUCUUGUUGUUAUUGAGCAGAUCGUAUUAUUAUUUUUUUUGGUACUCUCUCAUCUCCCUCUGAUUUCCCGUCUGUUCUACAAGUCCAGAAUAUUUCCACUCGCUGUUGAACGGUGUGAUCUGCCAAUAAGAAUGCAUGCUUCCAUGUAUCACCAUAUAAAUCUACCACAAGCAUCGAGUGGGGAGCUGGUGACACGUAAACUCGCUGCGGCCUCGGUUCCACCAGGUGAGGAUUAGCUGAUGGUUUCAAAAACCAGUUGAUCUUAAGGUUCAUUGAGCAGCUGGUUUUUAAUUGGAUAAGAACUCGAGGAAGCAGCGAGUCUCGGUGUCCGGUUCAAGUCCACAACAGGUACGUGCGUUGAAGAAGCCAAAUCUGCUGGCAGCCGAUCAACCAAUCAUCUGUUUGUGGAAGUGGGAACCUGUAGUGGGAUCACGUUUUUUUUAGUUUUGUUUGUUUUUUGAAGGCGUCCUUCGGAUUCUCUCGUAGAAAAGAGGAAACACUCAGCAGCUCCCAGAUUAUUCAAACAAAUAUAAACAACUAUCGUCUGCAAAGAAAAAUCAUGCAAGUGGUUAAUCUCGUUAAAAUGUCCGCGUCCUGCCGGCAGCGCUUGUUCAGAGGAAACCGAAUCCAAAACAAGACUCAGACCCCCGAUGUGUCAAAUAGUGAAAUAAUCAGUGUCACAAUAACCUUGUCAUCAACCAUCUCGACAUUCCACUCUGUAGGUGUAGAAGAGUCAUGUCUCAAUGUUUCUUUUCUUUCGCUGGGGACACAAAUGUUUUCAUGCACUGAGAUUUAAAAGUCAAAGGAAAAAAAAUAAAAAACGAUAAUUCCU